AUGCGUUUGCUGGUCAACCUUCUGCUGAGUAAUACCGUUUGCUUCGGAUUUGAGGAAUUAAAUUCGCUGGCGCCAGACUCGAUGCAUGACGCAUCUACUCAAUCUGGUCACAUUGACCCGAGAAAGAGCUCUUCAAACAAGCACUCGAUGUCCUUCGUGGAUGCGCAAGCUGAGGAUCGAGCGGUGUCCUCACCAAUUGGUCUGAGCUUUACAAAGCUGAGUCUUCGCUCCAUCGAUCGAAUGGAUGACUACAUCCGACGAGCCAGAGAGAUACACGCGGGCGAGAUAGCGAAAAAAAUGGAUGCUCUCCGAAAGCUCGACGAUGAUGAAUUCCUUUCACGGAUGCUGAUUGUAUUGAAGGAGAACCAAGCGACGGAAGAUAUGACUAAAGAUGUGCAGACCAAGCUCUUCCGACGGUUGUUGGACAAUGGUAAAUCUCCUGACGAGGUGUUCCGGUUGCUCGGUCUCGACAAGGACGUGAAUAGUAUCAUAGGGACGCAGGAGCUGAAAAUUUGGAUCGAGUACGCCAGUUUGUUCCGACGUCAGUUUCCGGAUACAACAGACAAGCACGUGGCCCUCCUGGAUAUGCUCCUGAUGCAUUAUUCGGAAACAGUCCUGUGGCAUAUGCUCGCUGCGUACAAGGACUCGAAACCCGGCGAAAUGGCUACUUACAUAAUGAGAGCGCUACUUGGAAAAUGGAAUGCUGAGAUAAAGCCGCCAGCUGAAGUGUAUAACAUGCUUGGAAAACCAGGACUGCAGAGUUACAUGGACUUCCUCAAAUCAAUUCCGCCCUCUCCCUGA